UGUUGCAUCCGCAGGCCUGUAAACAUCUGCUGGGAGAAUCUGACUAAAAUCUAACGGAUGCAAAAAUGUCGCAGGAAUUUAAGAUAGCUGGGUGAUCUCCAGCUUAAAGGAACCCUCCCUAUUUAUGGUACAUGGAAUAUUCAGGUCCAUACUGCAGCCUGAAUGUGAUCGUAACAGCGUAGUUACUGACGAGCCAGCUGCGUGUAGUUGCGGCAGCAGUUAUUUUUAAACAAUAAACAGAUUGCAGACCAAGAUGCUACAAGGCUCUAACAUCUUGGGGCAUGAGAGGCCCCUGGUCAUCAGGAUAUCAUUCACAACCUGUGUUUUGACUACAGUGUGCCUACCACUGCUUGGACUAAUAGCUUGUGUCCUUAUAUCCUCUGUUUUUCAUUUUGAGGACUCUACUGGUACACAUUGCCAGGUUCCUAACUAUCUGCCAUCCAUCAGUGCCUCCAUAAGCCUAAGUCCUGAGUGCCACAUAUGGCGGUUUUGCAUUGGACUGCACUCAGCACCGAGGUUCCUUGUGGCUUUUACCUACUUCAAAUUUUACAAGACACGAUUUGCCUCGAAGUUCCCUGAGAGUCCACUCAGCUGCUUGAACCUGGCUUUUUCUAUUUCUGAAAACCUCGGCCUCUUGCUCCUCACAUAUGUAUCAUCCAGUGAGACAUACUUUGUACAUAAGGAAGGCUUUGUCCUGUUCAUCAUCAGCUCCCUCAUCUACAUGCUGAUAACCUGCCGUUUGUGGAAGGCCAUUAAGAAGUAUUCACUGAGUCCUGAGGAUGCCAAGUCUCAUCACUGGAAAGUGCGUUUUUUACUUCUUAACAUAUCUUUCCUUGCUUUUGCUGGAUUCUUUUAUUGGAAACACAACAUGUACUGUGAAUCAGGGAGUUAUACAUUAUUUGCCGUGUUUGAGUAUCUUGUCGUCUUCUCCAAUAUGGCCUUCCAUCUCACGGCUGUGUGGGACUUUAAAAGCCGGGAGGUCAUGGUCAUUUCAUCCUCGGAAGAUAAAAACUUCUGACUAGAAACUCUAGGACCAAGUGCUAAAUAUACAACCUCUCAAUCGCCUGUUGAUAACAGCCUUGAUCCUGCUCAAGUGGAAGAGUGGGAUGAAGGCCUUUUCCAUAUAUUUCCAUGAUGAUGGCUCUCAUGUCCUUAGGAGUUGUAGAUGUAAGACAAGUACAAACAACAAGAUAAGCACACAUGCUUUUUUGGGCCUUUGUGUCUCAUUCAUGGAUGCCUUCACCUACAUACAGUAUGUUAUGUAAUGUGUAAUUUCAAUUUUUGUAUAAUGCGCAACACACGUGGUCAUACUGUAUGUGUGCCAAAGUAAAGUGAUAGUUCUUUCAAGUAUGCUUGGCUUUAAUUUUGACAUACAAAGGGCAAAGAAUGAGGAGUGACAUAGUGGAAAGCAGGGCGUACUUCAAGCAUUCCCAAUUUUGAGUGUUAGAUACUAGUGUCCACACACAGAAACAAUGGCUUCUGACACAAUGUAUUUUUCAACAUUCAGAUUCCCCCAGCAACUACUACUCCAAAUGUAUUAUUGAGACCUCUAUUAAGACCUGACUUUGUCAUUAGUCCUGCUUAGAUUAAAAUCUUUACUCGUUUCAGCAAUAUCUAAGCUUUAUACAAAAAUCUAAUUUAAUAUUCAAAUGUGAAUUCUCUGUAUUACAUGUGGCCUUAAGGCCCUGUUGUUAAUCUACAGCAGGUAUUAUGAUCACACACUGCUUACCUAACUGUGACCCAAAUGCUAAUGCUACUGGAUAAAAACCCCCGCAUCCAGAUACAAGUAGGUAAUCCACGGAUGCCAAAAAGCAUGCCUGUGGAAGAUGUUAUAAAAUCCAAUUAAA